GGGAAAUGUAGUGAAAAAAGCCGAUUUGUCCACUCUGUUUGGAACGCUCAGUACUACGACUCCCACAAACCCUUGCUGGUUUUAGCUCGUGUCGGUCGAUAUGGCGUCUUCUUGAAGCGUACACAAAUCGCAAGUGUUUUGUUGACAAGUGAUUAAGAUGGCAGCCGACCCCACAGACAAGAAGGAUGCUGAGUCCUCAGGGACCAAAGACAGAGAGAGGAAACGCAGCCGUUCACGAGAGCGGGAUCGUAAAGCCUCACCUUCACGCAAACGCCAUCGUUCUCGUGAACGAAAUCGCUCUAAAUCUGCAGAAAGAGACCGACGCAUGAAAGACAAGGAUAGAGACAAGGAACGUGACAGAGACAAGGACAAAGAGAGGAGCCGUAAGGACAGAGAUGGGCAUCGACGUGAUAAAGAUCGCAGCAAGAGGUCCAGAAGUCUCUCACCCAAGUCGAAGGAUGCCAAAUUAAAGAGAGAAAGGGAUAUAAAAACAGAAGAGGAGGACGAUGAAAAAAAGAAGAAAGAUAAGGUCCAACCUUUGUCUUUGGAAGAGCUUCUCGCCAAGAAGAAGGCAGAAGAGGAAGCUGAGGCAAAGCCCAAGUUCCUCUCCAAGGCGGAGCGAGAAGCAGAGGCUCUGAAACGGAGGGAGCAACAGACCGAGGAAAGGAGGAGGUUGAUGGAAGAGGAGAGGAAGAAGAGAAGGAUGUUCCAGGACAUGGGGAGAAAAAUGAUGGAGGACCCCCAGGAGAGGGAGAGACGAGAGCGAAGAGAGCGAAUGGAGCGAGAGAACAACGGGAAUGAAGAAGAUGAUGGACGACAAAAGCUCAGAGAGGAGAAAGAUAAAAGCAAAGAACUCCACGCCAUCAAGGAGCGUUACCUGGGUGGGCUCAAGAAACGCCGGAGAACUCGUCACCUGAAUGACAGGAAGUUUGUGUUUGAGUGGGAUGCUUCUGAAGACACUUCAGUCGACUACAACCCAAUUUACAAAGAAAAGCAUCAGGUACAGCUGUACGGACGCGGCUUCAUCGCUGGCAUCGACUUAAAGCAGCAGAAAAGAGACCAGUCACGUUUCUAUGGUGACCUGAUGGAGAAAAGGCGCACGCUGGAAGAGAAGGAGCAGGAAGAGGUAAGACUGAAGAAGAUGCGUAAGAAGGAAGCCAAGCAGCGCUGGGACGACAGACAUUGGUCUCAGAAGAAGCUGGACGAGAUGACGGACAGAGACUGGCGAAUCUUCAGAGAGGACUACAGCAUCACCACCAAGGGAGGAAAGAUCCCGAACCCCAUCAGGAACUGGAAGGAGUAUUCGCUGCCCGCACACAUCCUGGAGGUCAUCGAAAAAUGUGGCUACAAGGAUCCGACACCUAUUCAGAGGCAGGCCAUUCCUAUUGGUUUACAGAACCGUGACAUCAUUGGUGUGGCCGAGACAGGUAGCGGUAAAACGGCUGCUUUCCUGAUUCCACUGCUGGUCUGGAUUACCACCCUGCCAAAGAUUGACAGGAUUGAAGACUCAGACCAGGGUCCUUAUGCUGUGAUCCUGGCCCCGACACGUGAGUUGGCGCAGCAGAUUGAAGAGGAGACCAUAAAGUUCGGUAAACCGCUUGGCAUCCGCACAGUGGCUGUGAUUGGAGGAAUCUCCAGAGAGGACCAGGGCUUCCGUCUCAGGAUGGGCUGUGAGAUUGUGAUCGCCACCCCUGGCCGUCUGAUCGACGUGCUGGAGAACCGGUACCUGGUCCUGGGCCGCUGCACCUACGUGGUCCUCGAUGAGGCCGAUCGUAUGAUUGACAUGGGCUUCGAGCCAGACGUCCAAAAGAUUCUGGAGUACAUCCCAGUGACCAAUCAGAAGCCAGACACCGAGGAAGCAGAGGACCCUGAGAAGAUGAUGAUGAACUUUGAAUCUGGAAAACAUAAAUACAGACAAACGGUCAUGUUCACAGCUACUAUGCCUCCAGCUGUGGAGAGACUGGCCAGGAGCUACUUGAGACGUCCUGCUGUGGUGUACAUCGGGUCUGCUGGCAAACCUCACGAGAGAGUCGAACAGAAGGUCUUGCUUAUGUCCGAGGGAGAGAAGAGGAAGAAGCUGCUGGAGGUGUUGUCGCAUGGCUUCGAGCCUCCCAUCAUCAUCUUUGUCAACCAGAAGAAGGGUUGUGACGUGUUGGCCAAGUCUCUGGAGAAGAUGGGGUACAAUGCUUGCACGCUGCACGGUGGCAAAGGCCAGGAGCAGAGAGAGUUUGCUCUUUCCAAUCUCAAGGCAGGAGCCAAAGACAUCUUGGUGGCCACAGACGUUGCUGGUCGAGGUAUCGAUAUCCACGACGUCUCCAUGGUGCUUAACUAUGACAUGGCUAAGAACAUUGAAGACUACAUCCAUCGUAUCGGUCGUACGGGUCGUGCUGGUAAGAGUGGUGUGGCCUUGACUUUCCUCACUAAAGAGGACUCGGCGGUGUUCUACGACCUGAAGCAGGCCUUCCUCGAGAGCCCAGUCUCCACCUGCCCUCCAGAGCUGACCAACCACCCGGACGCUCAGCACAAACCUGGAACCAUCCUGACCAAGAAGAGACGCGAGGAGACCAUCUUUGCCUGAUUUACCCCGGACUUUAUCCACUGAACACAGACAACUGUGUUUCAAACUGUUUUAAUCAUGUUGUAUCACUGCACAAUAUGCAUUUCUCUGUUUUUUCUUUCAGGAUUUGGUCUGCAGAUUAUUUCUUUUGUUCUUUCUCACCUUGCCUCCCAUUCCGUCAGUCUGUUUUUAUCUUUUCAACCAGUCUGUUGGUAGAAAAGAACACAUUGUUAACUGGUGCAGAAAUCAUCACAAGCACUGGUUCUGGGAUUGUAAGGCUCAAAUGUGGCCAAUUCUCAUUGAUGUGCGUGAAUUUGAAUGUGUGAAUUUGAAUCCGUUGAUGUGUAAAUGUGGACUUCAGUGGUAGAUGUUUGUUUUGCUUCUAUAAACAAGAGCCAGGAUCAGUGAGCAGGACCCUGAUGAUGUAACCGAGCUGCACUGUGUAAAUGCUACUCUUCAGUUAUCAAAUGUGAUAAAUACCAACCAAAAUGUGAGUGUAGAUGAGCAGUAAGUGCAUUUUUAUUAAUUUUCUGUUACCAUAAAUAGUUUCCUGACAGUUUAAGAAACCAAUGCCAGAAUUGAUGGCAUUUUCUUUAGCUUCAGUUGCGUCCUCUUGACUAAAUUGCAGUUCAUUGUUUUAAAUAUAAACAUUUGUAUGAAGUGAAUACAGUAAAUUUGUCAAAUUUAUCGGUAGCAAGAAGUUCGUUUUUGUUUUUUUUAGUCUAAAAUAAUAGUGGUGUGCUCAAUGGGUUAAUCUUGGGAUGCAGAAAAGGGGUUGAAAUCUUCAAACAAGUACAAAAGAGCAAAAUUCAGGCACUCACACAGAGAAGCAGGAGUAAUGUGGAGUUGUGAUUAAAAAAUCUUUAUUGAUUACAAGGCUUGCUAUUGGCAUGAAACUUUUAAAAAAGGACCGUUUUUGAUCUUUGCAGCUUUUCAUCAUAAGUCAAAUUAGGACAUGAUACCUGAGUCUGACCUUUUUUUUAUGUGUUAGUUUUAUGUAUGUCAUUCAGGUGUGUGUCCUGCUUGGAUAACUGGGUCAACAGGGGUGGGAAAACAAAGUUGGUUGUUGAUGGUGGUUAUUAACUCAAAUGAAAAACAUAUACAUGUACAUAAGUGAUUCAUGUAUAGUAUGUUUCUAAUUUCAGUUACCUGCCAAGGAUGAUUAGUUAUAAGCAAAUCAAAACUCCACAUUACUCCUGCUCCUUUUUGUGUGAGUGCCUGAAGUUUGCAGUUUUGACAGUUUUUUAAAUUUAUUUUUUUUACCUCAAAUGUAUGAAUAACCAGUCAGAUUAUCUCAUUUUCAUAGAGUUUAAAGGCCCUGAAAACACAUUUUCUCAAUCAGCCUCCCCUGUUUGUGGGGACAUGAAUACAGUGUGCUCACACACACGGAAAAGCUGAUAUACGAUAUGAUCAGAGUACAAUUUUGAACAGAUAAUAUUAAGUAUUGGAAUACUUUAUAAGAGCCUACCACCAAGCUUGUGGCUCUAUGAGGCUAACAAUGGCAAGUUUGAGUGUAUUAUAGUAAACAAAAAAAGGGACACAAACAAUUAAAAGUACAUAAAAUGUUA